AUGGGACAGACUAACUUGUUAUAUGAUCCUGCAAAAUUCCCAAACAUUCCAAGUUAUGGACCACAGCCCAACCCUCCAUACAUGGUGGACAACCAACACAACUACUUCAAAACUGCACCAGACAAAGGAGCACAAAAUGGCCCAGUAUGGCUUGAGUCUGGUAGUUUGGAGGCCUACAUAUCACAACACUUAAAACAACUUAAUCGCACCUCUGUUGAUGCUUCCGAGAACUUAAACAAAGUUGCUGGAAGUGCUCCAAACACUACUGCUGAUAGUAGCUACUGGUUGCCGAAGCUUGCUCAUUUGGGAGUUCAACCCCUUGCUGGAGCUGAUUACAAGUUUUACCGAGAUGUUGUGGAGUAUGGUGCUGAUAAUACAGGUGAGAAAGAUGCAACAGAGGCAAUAAAUGCAGCAAUUGGAGAUGGUGACCGAUGCGGAUUGGAAUGUGGAAAUACAUUCACAAAAGGUGCUAUCAUCUAUUUUCCUCCAGGAACAUAUAAAAUCUGCCGCCCUAUCAUUCAGCUAUACUAUACUCAGUUCAUUGGUGAUGCUUUGGACCCGCCUACAAUCAAAGGGUGUGAUACCUUUCAAGGCAUUGCCCUUUUUGAUACAGAUCCAUAUAUUCCUAAUGGUAAUGGUCAAAAUUGGUACAUCAACCAGAAUCAGUUCUUCCGUCAAAUUCGGAAUUUUAUUUUUGAUCUAACUGAGAUGCCUCUCUCAACAGCUGACCAUGAUCAGCUGCUUGUACCAACAGGUAUCCAUUGGCAGGUUUCUCAGGCUUGCUCAUUGCAAAAUUUGGUCUUCAACAUGCCUAAAGCAACUGACAGUAACAAAGUCACUCAUGUUGGCAUUUUCAUGGAAAAUGGUAGUGGGGGAUUUGUCUCUGACUUGGUAUUCAAUGGGGGAAAUAUUGGCUGGCGUGCUGGCUCCCAGCAGUAUACAGCAAUGAAUCUCAAAUUCAAUGGCUGCCUCACUGCAGUUCAAAUGAUUUGGGACUGGGGAUUCAAUUGGCAACGUAUUGAGGUUGAUGGUGGAGCCAUUGCCUUCAAUAUUAGUGGCAGGGGUGGUGACACUGGCCAGGGUGUAGGCUCGGUUUCUAUCAUUGAUUCGGUGAUAUCCAAUUGCCCAAUUGCUAUCUUGACCAACUCUCAGAAAGAUGGGAUCAAUGGGCCCCCUAACAUUGUCAUUGACAAUUUGAAGAUGAAUGAUGUUGGAACAACAGUUAAGAGUGAGAAUGGUGAUGUCAUUCUUGAUGGCACUAAUCAUGUCAGCCUCUGGGCAAUGGGACGUCGCUAUGAUGGAUACAAUGGAACUUAUAUUUCAGGUGAAGUUGAUGCACCUAAAAAAGGAAAGCGCCUGCUGGAUGAAGAUGGCAAGCUCUUCUAUCGACCUCGCCCUCAAUACAAGGACCUCAAGGUAGACGAAUUUUUGAUUGCUACUGAACAUGACUGCAAGAAUGAUGGAACUGGGGAUAAUACAGGAGACAUUAAUGCUUUUCUUGAGAAGGCCAAAAAGGAACACAAAAUUGCAUACUUUCCAGCAGGUGUCUACAGAGUUGGUGGCACUGUAUUCAUUCCAACAGGCUCCAGAGUGCAAGGUGCGAGUUGGUCACAGAUACAAGGAGCUGGGUUCUACUUCAAUGAUAUUCAUAAUCCACGUGUGGUAGUGCAAGUUGGUGAGAAAGGUGAUGUAGGUGACAUGGAGAUAGUUGAUAUGAUGUUCACUGCUCAAGGAGCUACAGCUGGCGCCAUACUUGUUGAGUGGAACGUGCAUGAGGACAGUCAAGGGUCCGCUGCUAUGUGGGACUCACAUAUUCGUGUGGGAGGAGCUUCUGGUACAGAUCUAGAUAUACAGACUUGCCCAAAGUUUGAGUUUAGUGACGCUUGUAUUUGUGCUUCACUCUUGUUCCACAUCACUCCCCAAGCCUCAGGGUAUUUUGAGAAUAUUUGGAUAUGGCUUGCAGAUCAUGACAAUGACAAGAGUGUCUACGAUUCCCCUGAUAAGAUUGCGAAUCAAAUUAGUCUAUACGCUGCUCGUGGAACACUGAUAGAGUCUGAGGGGCCCUCCUGGUUCUAUGGUACUGGCUCUGAACACACUGUUAUGUAUCAAUAUCAAGUAUAUGGAGCAAAAGAUAUAUAUCUCGGCCAUAUUCAAACAGAGACUCCAUAUUACCAGCCAGUUCCUAUAGCACCUUUACCAUUUUCCUUUACCAAGGAAUUUCCUGGUGAUCCAUCUUUUGAGAAGUGUAAGAUCACUGGUUGUUCUGCAGCGUGGGGUCUGCGCAUUAUCAACUCAGAGGGUAUCACACUUCACAGUUCAGGAUUAUACAGCUUUUUCCAGGAGUAUUACCAGGACUGUGUUCCAACACACAAUUGUCAAGAACAUAUUCUUGAAGUUAAAGGAAGUAAAGAUGUUGCACUUUUCAACACUUUCACUGUUGGAAUUGUGGAAAUUGGAACUGGAAUAAAUCAUGGUGCCAUUUUUCAGAAUGAUUCAAAUCAAAGUGGAUUUACAACCGAGAUUAGUGUUUGGAUUCCUUUGGAAGGAGAUGAUGAAUAUGAUAUUGUUUAUGUUGGGCCUGAAGUCUAUAAUAAGCCAUCACUUACAUGCCCAGCUGAUUGCAUUCUUGUGUUUCCUACAAGCUUGCUCUCUUCAAAAACAACAAUUGACCCAGGUAAAUAUACAACCACUGUUGAGUAUGGGCACCGCAGCACAACAACCAUCAGUGGACGUGAAGUGCCCACAUUCUAUACAACUGUCACUACAAUCACAUUGACUAUAGACCCAAUCACCACAGAUGGAAUGCCCUACUCAAAUAUCAAUAUCACUGAAGGACAGACAAGUACUUCUCUCACUGUACUGCCUAGUGUUGAUAUUCCACCCAUUCCUGUACCAAUCUCAGAUGGAGAAGGGAAGACAACCACUCGCAAUAUCACAGUUCCACCAUGGCCAGCUAUUACCAGAGGACCACCAGAGAGCUGGAGCAAUCCUGAUGCAUCCUCUACAGAUGGUAUAAAGGAAGGAGUUUACCACACUCCUUUUGUGACCAGUGUUGUUGCCACUAAACCCACUGUUUCAACACUUUCAUUUCCAUCAACUGUCAGUCCAAUUGUGGUGAAAUGUCCACCCAACUCAAGAGUCCCUUUCAAUACUCCAAAAACAACACCUAUAAUCAACUGUAUAGUUCCCACAACAGUAUCUGUUGGUUUCACUUGUCCUGCAACAAAAGUUGUUACAUUUAUUGGUUCCUCUACUGGUGUUUUCACAGUUGACUGCACUGUCUCAACAAUAUUCACCAAGCCAGAUCAAACAAUCACUUCAGAGCCCACAAAUAAACCAACAACUACCCAGUCACUUCCAGUAUGGUCAACAUGGCCACCUCGAGUGGUCACACCAAUUGAAGAAGAGGUCAAAAAGCCAGAGCCAGGUAAAACAUCAUGCAAACUCUGGUUUUUCUCUUUCUGUCUAAAUGGGGAGAACAAAGGCUUACGCUGGAAUCUCCCACCGGGUAUAUACCCACCAGGCCCACCACCCCCGGGCGCAAUAGAUCCUCCCCCAUCAUGGACGAUAAAACCUCCUCUCCCACCUUGGCCUCCAAUCACUGUUGGGCGAGAUAAUAUUUUAACAUACCCCAAGGAGGAACCUACUAAAUGCGAGAAAAAAUCUGCAGAAAUAUGCAUGACAACUGUAUUUAAGACUACAACCACUCAUGGAACAAUUACCUCCACAGCCUCAUCCAUCAGUUCAACAUGUGAUACAAUUCGUGGGUGUUCAGCAUCAGAUUGGGAUACAACAACCACACAAACCAAACCAGAUCACUGUCCAUCACCCACAACCAAUCCAGUGAAGGGCACUGCAUCUGUCAUACCACCCCCAGGCUGCCCUGCAAAUGCCAUUGUUUAUCCAUCAAAUAUGAAAGAUGCGGGGCAAAUUCCUCAGAUCCUUGAUAAAUACAAGGGAAAAUAUGUUGAGGUCAAAUCAAAUGAGCUUCAGCAGGUAGCAUUCAUCUGGGUUCCUUUGUUGGAUCAAGAGACCAUGAACGCCUUGUUAAAAUCUCCCGAUGUUGCAGACGCUUAUUACUACGAAAGCUGGUAUGCUAAUACAAACCAGAGAGGCUCUGACUCAGACCGCAGAACAAAACGUGAUAAUAACCCCUCUGAACCUAUAUUUCCUUAUAAACAGGGGAAUAUCAAUCAUUCGACCAGCAAUAGAGCAGUUCUGGAUGAGCAUAACACAAAUCAAUCCGCACAGUCAACUUCAAAGACACGAUCGAACCCGUAUAUUUGGGACCUCUCCCAGAUCUCCACUCCGAAAAAUGCGGUUUGGAACUUACCGGACGGCUCUACUGUAGAUGGAAAUGGCUUUUUUAAGUUCAACUUUGAUGAAACUUCAGGAAGAGGCCAACAUAUAUAUAUGCUGGAGGACGGCUUCUACCCCAAUCACCCUGAAUUUAGAGGUAUGGACAUUGAAGUUUUGACGCCAGAUAGAGAGAGCCAGCCGUGGGCUCCCGAGAUAAUCCUUAGGCCUAAUUACCUUCACGGGGCUCAGGUAGGUUCCAAGAUUGUUGGGGCCAAUUUGGGCCUUUGCGACAAUUGCAAACUCCAUGUGUCACCUAUAUUUCUAAAUGAUGAGUUGUGGGUUGAACGAUUAAUCGAGCAGUUGAUGGUCAUUCAGAACCAUGUGUCGCGUAACGGUUUCCAGCACAAAGCAACCAUUAACAUGAGCUUCGGCCUCGACUCACAUGAACUACUCGCGACUCUCGAUACUUGGGGUGUUUCUAUGGUUUGCGCGGCUGGCAAUAAUGCAGUGACUGUUUCGGGUAUCAUCCAGUACCCUGCUCUCUUCGCCGAUCCUAGCAAUACAUUUUACAUAAAAAAUAUUAUUGUCGUUGGGGCGACAGAUCCAGACGGCAAUCAGGGAUUAUUCAGUCAGUACGAGCCCUGGAUAACUACUUUUGCCCCUGGAGAGAAUUCAUGGCUUCCGGAAACGCCUACAGGCGGCUACAACCGCUUGUACGGAACCUCCUUAUCUACCGCUCUCGUAUCUAGUUUAAUCGGAUAUUAUAAAUCGAUUCAGUCACCCUGGAAAGACCAAUUGAGGGAUCCUGCCAACGUGAAGAAAAUGAUCAAGAUUUUUCAUCGUCGCAUUGAAGUCGACGGCAAACAAUUUGAAUGGGUAGGGGCGAAACCUAUCAUCUGGAAUGGGCAGAUGAGUACACGUUCCUGUCUAGCUGACUAUGAUACAAUUGACGAAUGGGACCUGUCAAAAAGGUGCCCAAGAAUCAAAGCAAACCUUGCGGAGGAAACAAAUGAGGGAGAAACCUUGGAGCCUUGUCAACCCGGAACUGGUAACCCGCUCAAGCAGCUCGACGGUUCUUAUUGCCCGCGCAUGCCCGGCGCCGGCAGCCAUACUGCUUUUUCUGUUCACCAAUGCCAACAGGAGUGCCCCCAGAUCGCCACGACCCAAAGGACCCAAAUGCAAGCAGUCGAGUACCAACAACCACCGGGCCCGGUGACCCGGAAACCCACAUGCAAUGACAAAUGCAAGCUGGACAAGGGCAAUCCAUGCAAGUGCAAUGAAAACGGUUGUGACUCUGAAUCGCCUGGCUGCUGUGGCAAUGCCAGUUGUCCAAUGUGUGACUGUGGGGACAACAGCUGCUCCCCCAGCUCACCAGCCUGUUGCAAGACUGAAACAUGUCAAUGGUCAUGGACUGGUGGCGGCGGAGGUGACGGAAGCGGGAAACCUCCAGGGCCCCGUAUUGGUAGCUUGCUCUUUGCCUUGGACGAAACCUACCGCUCGUACCCUGGGGGUGACGUGUUGACCCGCUUCUGGAAAGUGUUCGUUUCAGAACUCGAUAGAGAGGCAGAUGUGUGCAAUGACACGCCUCUUAAACUUGUAGACGCGUCCUCAGACCCAGAGAAUAGACCUCAUUACCCUCCGUCAAUGGAAUUUACCGUCGGGCCGGGGCAUAUGUGCAAAUACACAGAAGACUCAAAUGGGGCUGGCAUUCUGAAAUGCGAUGGGUCCAAACACUCUCCUUGCAAGGCCAGAGGUCUAGAUGACAAGAAAACUUGUUUAGUACCAGUGCCGGGCUCAACCCCGUCAACCUACUACCUGGCUGUGGAUUGUAAGUUCUAGGUGGCGGGUGGCCAAGUACGAACAAUGGCUAGGGAAGGAAAUGAAGACCCUCAUCUAGCAAGAUAGCAAGAGAAGAUGUAGUUUUGUAAAUCUUUUGAAAAUG